GAGAUGUGCCUGCAGAUGAACCUUGUAUACCAAGCAGUAAUAGAGGAGAAACUGCAAGAACUGGAAGUGCUGAUUGCACAGAAUAAGGAGCAGCAGGAGGAGCUAAUGUGGGAGCUCGCUGGCCGAAAGACUCAAAGGGCUGGAACCAGCAAACUCUACCCGUUAAAUCUGGCUAUCGGCCAUUUUUUGAAGCCGUACUUUAAGGAUAAAGUCACUGGAGUGGGACCUCCAGCCAAUCCGGAAAUGAAAGAAAGAAGUGUCCUUAUAGUGAAAACAUUUCAAGAACUAACCACCAAAAAAUGGAGGUCUUCGGAUACUUUGGAACUGAGAAAGGCAAUUUUCAGUGAUACAUUACAGAGGAUGCUGCAGCCCAAAAUGCUCAAGGUGGAAUAUCUCCAGCAGAAGCACCAGAACACCAAAAGCGACAUUGAGAAGAAAAUUUUAACAAAGCAGAUUCAUGAAGCUGAGCGAGAAAUAGACGAGAUCAACCAACUUCAGGAGGAUGCCUUGCUGGGACAGAGACAUGAUGCCCAUGAUUGGGAUAAAAUAGCCAACAUCAAUUUUGAAGAAGUUCACACCUCAGAUCGGCUGUGCAGAAUGUGGCAGAAUUAUGAGCACCCGCACGUCAACAAAGAGGACUGGACAGAAGAAGAGAUUGAAAAACUAAAGGAGAUCGCAACAGAUCACAACUUUGUUGACUGGCAGGCGAUCGCGCAGGAAUUGGGGACCAACCGUACAGCGUUCCAGUGUCUUCAGAUGUUCCAGUCUACUAACAAAGGCUUCAAACGGAGUGAGUUCACCAAGGAGGAAGAUGAGAUGUUGACGCAUUUUGUCCAGCGAAUGAGGGUUGGGGAACACAUCCCUUAUAACAAAAUUUAUUAUUUUAUGGAGGGUCGAGAUGGUUUGCAGCUUCUAUAUCGAUGGACAAAGUGCCUGGAUCCCAGUUUGAGGAAAGGUCCAUGGAGCAAAGAGGAAGAUGAGAUGUUGUUAAAAGCAGUGGCUAAACAUGGUGAAAAGGAUUGGUAUAAAAUUCGGUUUGAGGUUCCAGGAAGGAGUGAUGUUCAGUGCCGAGAGAGGUACCUCAAAGGCCUUCACAAGGAUGUUAAGAAGGGUAAAUGGAGCCUGGAAGAGAAGGAGAAACUUCUUGAACUUACAUCAAAAUAUGGUGUUGGUCAUUGGGCACAAGUGAGCAAGGAGCUGCCUCACCGGACUGGAUCACAGUGCCUCAGCAAAUGGAAGCAUAUAACAGGCUACUUCACGAGAAGGAGGCUGAGACUAAAACAGAUGACACCAGAAAUGCCACCAAAACUAAAGACAUCACAAAAGCCCCCAAAGGAGAUGACGACAAAAAUAAAAAAGGACAGUGAGGAAGAAAUGAGCAGCGCCAGCAGUAGCAGCGAAAGCAGCUUUAUCAGCAGCAGCAGCAGCAGUAGCAGCAGCGAGAGUGAUGAUGAAGCCAUGGAGCUGAUGGAUGAAUUUGGAGGAGCAGAGAUCUCCAAUUUGGUUAAGUCCAUUCCCGAUUUGGAUUUGUGGAUCCCCAGGAAAAGGAGCCUUGGUUUGCAGGAUAAGAGCCUCCUUGUCUACACUGCUUCACGUAACACCAAGCCACCUAGAACUAAGAAACGAAAGAGCAGAAAUGUCACUUUUCAGUUCAACACCAUUUUGAAGGGUAUUGCCUAUCCUCCAACCAGCGACACAGUUACGGAGACAGUUGAGGACUUCCUAAAAGAGGCAGAAGAGAAUAGUCGUGAAAUUCUGCAGAUUCGGGAAGAAGAUAUUCUCAAGAUUCUUAUGAGGAACACAAGAGAAAAUGAAAGGAAACAGAUCCAGAGAUUUAGGCAGAGUAAGCGCGUUCCAGGUUCAGACACCGAUCAGCAGGACUCCAGAAGGUCUUUGUCACAGUUGGCUGUGACACGUCUGUACAGAGCAUCAGUAGAUCGGAAGCUGCUCUGUGCUGUGGCACGGUGGAUAGGAAAUGUGUUUCUUCCACUGUCAACCUGCCGUGAGAAGCGUUUUACAGGAAGAACUCGGGUAGAAGUGGUUGAAAAGAAGCUGAGUUGUGUAACCAUAACCAGCACUCCAAUUUUCACCCUUCUCAUUCAGUUUUUUCAGAUAGAUGCAGAAGGCUGUUUGCAGAUGAUCCAGCUGCAAAAAGUUGAAGAGCCUGAGUUUUGCAGAAAAGAAAAAAACACUACAAAAACCACUACUAAAACCGCACGGAAUACGGCAAACUCGAUAUUUCAGGGUGUGUUGGAACCCACAAAAUGUUCCAAGAACCUGAUGCAAGUACCAUCUUUUAGUGACCAGAAACCUAAACCUGUGGUUCCCCAAAUGACAACAGAAACUCCACCACCACCACAGAAACGUCGUAAUUCCACACCCAAAAUUCCCCGAGUUAGAUCUGUCGUGCCGGCCCCUAAACUGAAAACCGUCUCUGAGUUGCUAAAAGAAAAAAGAAUGGAGAAAUUAAAGGCCCUCAAAGCUGCUCAACGCACCGCAGUACUGUCUGGAAAUAUCCUGGUUUCUCCACAAAUCUUGAUCCAACAGCCUGCGAACCAAGCAGUACAACCUCAGGCUAUGGUGCUGCCUGUGGCUCCAACUACUUUACAGAAUGGUUCUUGGUCUGUUAGGCCCUUUUCUCCUAUGCCAGCCCACCAAGCUAUUUUGCCUGCCACUACAAGUUCCUUAGGACAAGAAAACACUGAAAUGAGGGCUUUGGUUGAAAGCCGAUCACAGCUGGCUGGUUCUUGUUCGACAACCCUUACGCCAUCCAGUGCGUCUAAGGUGACAUGCAAUACUUUGCCGGUUGUUUCAAGUGCUUUGAAACAGGUAAACACAGCAGCAUUUUCACCGGCUGCAAGCUGGCAAAAGGAGGCAAGCCCUCAUUUGCCAAUAUCUGCCCCAUCUAAGGCAUCUACGAUGAUAUCUCAGACGUUGCCUUUUGUUACAAGCUCCUUAGGAAAGGUGGGCACUUUGGUGGCCUCAUCAGUUACAAGCCAACCACAGCCAGAUAUCACUUGUUUGCCAAAAGCAGCCCUGGCUCAGGGGCUUCCCAACAAGGCAAGUCAGCUAAAGCUCACCCCACAAAAAUAUCCUAUUGUUAAAAUAGCCAAGCUUUUGCAGACAAAUUAUCCCAAAGAGUAUACAGCAAAUGUGACAAGUGACCCACAGAGCAGUUCUGCACCAAACAACUCUUGUCAGACCACUAACUCUGAAAGGAAGAAUUUAGAUGUGAAACUCAUCUCUUUAGAAGAAGAGAAGAUUGUGAAGGAAUGGCUUCUAGGGAAGAAAGGGGUGGAAGUACAAAAGCAAAAAAUUGCCAUUCCUUAUUUGCCCCCUUCCAUCUGCACUCUCAAAACGUUUUCAAGACUUCUGUUGGAGAAAAAAACUUUGGAGCAGAAUGCUUUGAAAUUACUGCCAUUCUCUGAUGUCACAGAGGUUGGCUCAAAGCAAAUGAAAGCAGCUCUCGGUGAUAUGGUGGAAGAGAAGCUUAAGGACAAUUCGGCCUACCAGCUUAUUAAACAACGUUUCCUCUCUGCAUUUACCAUUCCUGGGUUCCUAGCUGUCCUCCCACCAACUGCUGAUAGUAUAAAGCAGGACUGUGAUGAGGACUUUGAGGAUUUAAUGGAUAGUGAAACAAACAUAGUUGAGGCUCCACAUAAAGGAAUACGUGCUGCUGUGGUUGGCAAUUCAGUUGGCAACAUAUCUGGAGGGGCUACACCAAUACUUACAGAACAGCUUGAGGUAUUCAUUAAUCACACAAAAAGAGACCCAGGGCGAAACGGCGGAACUCAGCUGGCCAGGCUGAGCCUGCUCGAAUCAAUGAGAGAGCGGCGGAGGAUGCCGCUGCAGCACUGUCACUUCAGCCGCAGCUCGCUGAGUCUAUCUGUCAAUGGGGAGCACAGUGGGAUGACAGUGUGA